UCGGCCAGCAGUGGGGCUCGUGUAGCGCUGCUCUCUGUCGCCGCGCGUCGCUGUUCUCUCGCUUUGAUCCCCGAGGUGGUUUUUUUGUUUUUUGACGCCGGGCUCUCGGCGGUGUGACGGGGAGACGCUACUGUUUCCGGAUGUUACCCGUUAAGGCGCAAGAAUGGCCGCGAUGUUUACGUGUUGUCUCGGCUGCUGCGCAGACGGCGGGUCGGGGCACAUUCCCCUCAAAGAAAUGCCCAUUGUCCAGCUGGACACCCAUCACAUGGGCACAGAUGUUGUCAUAGUGAAGAGCGGUCGGAGGAUAUGUGGCACUGGAGGCUGCCUGGCCAACGCUCCUCUGCACCAGAACAAAAGUUAUUUUGAGUUUAAGAUCCAGUCCACAGGUGUGUGGGGAAUAGGUGUGGCGACACAGAAAGUGAAUCUUAAUCAAGUGCCGAUGGGCCGAGACACGAACAGCCUGGUGCUGAGGAGUGAUGGGUCCGUGUACCACAAUAAUGAAGAGAAGAAUCGCCUACCUGCAAACAGCCUUCCUCAGGAGGGGGACAUCGUGGGCGUCACAUAUGACCACGUGGAGCUGAAUUUAUAUCUGAAUGGAAAGAACAUGCAUUGUCCCGCCUCAGGGAUCCGAGGCACUGUUUACCCUGUCGUUUAUGUGGAUGACAGCGCCAUCUUAGACUGCCAGUUUAGUGACUUCUAUCACACAGCUCCACCAGGAUUUGAGAAGAUCCUCUUUGAGCAACAGAUCUUCUAAAGUAGCACGUCGGCCUCAGCCCUGCAACGUUGUCUCCCUCCCACACAUCUCGUUGCCACCUCUGUGACACUACCUGCCGCCCGAAGGCCUUUUUGUUUUGUUUCCCCCCGGUUCUCCUCCUCUGAUGAUUUGUCUCGAUCGACGUUGGGGUGUCCGUGAAGAAGUGGGGAUUUCUGAUCCGUGGUCGGCUGUGACUAUGCUGACGUUUGACUGUCCAAACCUUUACCUUGUAUCCGUGGUGACCGCUAUGUAUCUACUGCGACACUUUCAAUUGCUGCUUACGUUCUCGGUCUGUGUGUAGAUGUCAGACAGCGGCUGUAAUGGUAAAGCGCUCCCCUUCCUUUCAGGACGACAAGCCAUGUUUUAUUGACAGCGCGAUUCACAUCUUACUGAUUAUUAACCCCCGAAUGCCAUACUGACAUCUGAUUAUACAGCCUAUAUUUAUUUGUAUUUAUUUGAAUCGCAGACCAAAGUGAUUUAUUCUUUUUGGUAUGACAAAACAUUUAUUUGGCAAACCAGGGUUUGUCAACUGAAUAAUGAUCAGCUGGCAAUACUGACACAUCAGUCCACAAUAUCUCAUUGGGUUUUAUGUUGCCUUCUUUAAUUGGAAAAUGUAAUUUAAGUAGGGACAUUGUAACGCUUUUUAAAUUCAUGUCACUGUUGUAAUACACACUGACAUGGUUUAAAUACUAACCACAGUCCAAUACACAUUUAUGAGGACAGACAGGUUGACUAUUCAAAAUGAGUACGAUGAGAUGAUGGUGCUUAUUAAAUGAUCCACAUCAAUAGUUAUCAUCUGGAAUUCAAAACUACUUCAGACUAAAGACAAUCUCUUCUAUCCCCUAAUGUAUUUGUUCUACAUAUCCAAAUAUUACCCGAGCUGCUGCUGUCUGUCUCUGAUUAGAAGUACAUUGUUAGAAGUGUCAACCUUGUAUUGACAUUUCACAUCCGCUGCUCGAGUGUGACAGUUCACUAUUUCAAACGCGUAUCUUUAUUUGCACUGAUGUUAUUGUACAAGCAAAUCCAAAUAUUGCUGAUAAUUCAUUAAACCCUUCUGUCUGGAGGCAUGCCUUCGUCA